UUGUGACAAAAUUCAAAAUGUGUGUAACUUUGUUAUAUCACUGAUUCGCGCUGCGAAUCGUAUUGUUUUUUAUUUUAUAAUUAUAUAGAGAUUGUCGCCUAUUCAGAAUGGACUCUUCGUCCGAAUUUACGGAAAUAUGUGAAGGCAAAGCAAAAAUUCGUGUACCUGGUGCUAGUAAAGUGUUUUAUAAUCCUGUUCAAGAAUUUAACAGAGAUUUAAGUAUUGCUGUUCUUUCAGUAUUUUCUGAAAUGCAUCACUGUGAAAAACAAAAAUCAAGAAAAAGACCUAGAUCACCCGAUAGAAAUGAUUCAUCAGAAGUUGAACCUGUAAAACUAGAAAUAGGAACCCAAACUGAAUCUGGUCUAGAAAUUUUGGAAGCAUUAGCAGCAACUGGUCUACGAGCGAUAAGAUAUGCUCUUGAAGUUCCAGGAAUUAAACAAAUAUAUGCUAAUGAUAUAUCUAAAACAGCUGUGAAAAUAAUGAAUCAAAAUAUUGAAGAAAACAAUGUUCAAAAUUUAGUUACCUCUACUCUUUAUGAUGCUGCACAUAUUAUGAGAAAACGGCAAUUUGAAUCAGAAACAAAAUUUGAUGUUGUUGAUUUGGAUCCAUAUGGAUGUCCAACAAAUUUAUUAGAUCCAGCAGUUUGUUGUCUAGCUGAUAAUGGAUUGUUAUUAGUAACUUGCACUGAUAUGGCUGUCUUAGCUGGUAAUACACCUGAAUCGUGUUAUGCUAAAUAUGGUUCAAUAUCUUUGAGGUCUCCAGCUUGUCAUGAAAUGGCACUCAGAAUAGUUUUACAUACAAUUACUAAUGUCUGUACUCGAUAUGGUCGAUAUAUGGAACCAUUGUUAUCAAUAAGCGCUGAUUUUUAUAUAAGGGUAUUUGUAGUUAUAAGAACCAGCCCUUUUAUGUGUAAAUCAAUGUCUAGCAAAAUUUCAACAGUGUAUAAAUGUAGAGGAUGUAAUAUGACAACUUUAUUACCAUUGGGUUCUAUAAAGUCAGACUCAAAAAAUAUGAAAUAUAAUCUUUUAUCUGGUCCACCAGUUGAUAAAAAAUGUGAACAUUGUGGAUUUGCUCAUCUAGUAGGUGGACCUAUAUGGUCUGAUCCUUUGUAUAAUGCAGAUUUUCUUGAUAAAUUGUGCAAUUACCUAAAAAAUGAAGAAGCUGAAAAAAAAUUCAACACAAUUAAACGAAUGAGAGGUAUGUUAGGUAUGAUGCUAGAAGAAUUGCAAGAUGUCCCAUUGUAUUAUACCGUAGCAUCACUCACUAACACUGUUCAUUGCGAAGCAAUGCCACUCAGAUACGUCUUUUCGGCAUUAGUAAGCGCUGGCUACCGUGUGUCUUCAUCUCACUGUGCACAGAAUAGUGUUAAAACUGAUGCACCUCAAUUUGUUGUUUGGGACAUCAUUAGAACUUGGGUUCAAACACAUCCAGUUACUGCUAAACGUUUACAAAAUUCUGAUGCAGCUAAGACAAUUUUAUCUAAAGAGCCUACAACAGAAAUAAUAUUUGACAAAAAAUACAAUACUGUACCAAAAUCACUACAAGGAUUAGUACGAUAUCAACAGAAUCCUGCACCGUAUUGGGGGCCUGGGACUAAAGGAAAUUCUAAACAGAAAGUGAUAUCUGCUGUUACAGAAUGCAAGUGAAAAAUAGACAGUGAAAGAAAUGUUGUUAUAUGAAUUUUGAAUAAAAUAUGUUUGUCUGUUAAUGUAA